CUGACAGCUGACACAGACUGACCUGGAGCUGCUGAGGGACAAAAUGUGGCUUCGAGACGAGCUCUUGAAAUCCAUUUGGCACGCGUUCACGGCCCUGGACGUGGAUCAACGUGGAAAAGUUUCCAAAUCUCAGUUAAAGGUGCUAUCCCACAACCUGUGCACAAUGAUGAAGAUCCCUCAUGACCCUGUGGCCCUUGAAGAGCAUUUCAAAGAUGAUGAUAAAGGUCCUCUGUCCAACCAGGGCUACAUGCCUUACCUCAACAGGUUUAUUCUUGACAAGGUGCGGGAGGAUUUUGAUGUACUGGAGUUCAACAAGAUAUGCUGGACACUGUGUUACAAGAAAAAUAUCUGCACUAAACACCUACUCAUCUCAGAUGACAAUGCUUUCAAAGUCUGGUGCAUUUUCAACUUUCUGUCAGAAGACAAAUACCCACUUGUCAUCAUUACUGAAGAGAUUGAGUACUUCCUGAAAAAGCUGAUGGAGGCCAUGGGGAGUGGAUGGAGCGAGGAGAAGUUUGCAGACUACAGACUGCAGUUGAGCACAAAGAAUAACCACCUGAAUGCCUGGGAGCUGAUUGAACUGGUGGGGAUGGGUUACUUCAGCAAGGGCAUGAACUACCAGACCCUGUCCAUGGGCAUCAUUGAGGUCUUCCAAGAGCUCAUACUGGAUGUGCUCAAGCAGGGCUACAUGAUGAAAAAGGGACACAAAAGGAAGAACUGGAUUGAGCGCUGGUUUGUCCUUCGACCCAACUCACUGUCAUACUAUGUGUGUGAGGACCUUGUGGAGAAGAAAGGAGACAUCAUUCUGGACCGAACCUGCUGUGUGGAGUCGCUGCCGGAUAAAGAAAGCAAGAAAUGUCUGUUCAUAAUCAAGUGCACUGAUAAAAGCUUUGAGAUCAGCGCAUCAGACAAAAAGAAGAAGCAGGAAUGGCUUCAAGCUAUUCAAACGUGCAUCCAACUGCUGAGGUUGGGGCUGCCGUCUCCUCACCGCGAAGCCCUGUUAAGGCGCAGGGAGCUCCGGCAGAGGCAGCAGGCCGACGAAGACGACCUGGCAGAAAGAAUGAAGAAACUCCAGGCGACCAAUGAGAACAAACAGAGAGAGCUGGAGGGGAUGAAGAAGAAAAUGGAAGAGGCUUCGGCUAAAGCAGCAGUAGAGGAGCACAGGAGGGAGCAGACUCAGUUAGACCUGCAGGAUCGCCACAGACUCGACCUGGAAAUGGUGCGUCAGCAGAUGGAGGAGCAGGUGGCUCAGAAGUCCAGUGAACUGGAGCAGUACCUGCAGCGCGUCCGCGAGCUGGAGGACAUGUACCACCGACUGGAGGAGGCCUUAGAGGACGAGAGGCACGCCAAGCAGGCUGAGGAGGCCAUGCACAAGCUGCAGGCCAGGCUGCUGGAGGAGGAGGUAGCAAAGAGGGCAGAGAUGGAGCAGAUCCACCUGCAGCAGCAGAGGGCGCUGUCUCAGACUGAGGCUGAGAAGCGGGAGCUGGUGGCCGAGCAGCUGGCCAAAGAGAGAGACCUGCAGGCAGCCAAGCUGCAGCUGGAGACGCUGGAGAGCGAGCGGCAUGGAGCGCUGGAGCAGUACGAGAAGGUGUUGAGGAAGCUUGAACGAGCAGCUAACAAGACAAAGACUUGGAAGGACAAGGUGGCCAAACAUGAGGGGCUGGUGCGUCUCAUCCAGCCAGGUCAUAAAGGUCCUCAGAGGAUCACUAACUGGGGUCCGGCUUCAUUCACCGACGCUGAGCUGGAGCUGAGGAAGAAGUCGUGGCAGGAGAGUAAGAACCAGGGCGCUCAGGCUCAGUGAACACACGCCCGAUAAGGAAGACUCUGAAGUGUCACAUUCAAAGUCUGAUGAGGUUUGAUAACAGGAACUUACUGAGCCGUGUGACAGCUGACGAGAAAACAGUUUAGCUAAAGAACAGUUGGUAUUAACUGCAUUUCAUCAGUUUCUUGUGUCACAAAAAUUCCCAUUCAAGCGAUUGUAGGACAUAGUUAGAAAAAAAUUAUCUUAAAUCAAAAUCCACUUACUAGCUUUUUUCUGGAGCUCUUCAUCAGAUGCAGUUUGCUCAGCUGUCAUAGAGACGGUUUGAUAACGGGUCAUCUGCGGUGGACCUUGAGUUAAUAUUAUUUUUUAUAAAAAAUUAAUUCUCAUUCAGUUUUUGUUUUGUUCAGUUAAGUUUGUUUUUAUUAUUAUUGGUCAUUUUAGUCGUCCUUUCUGACUUCCUGUGUUUAAUAGAACGGCUUCACAGUUUUUUCAUGUUUUUGUGUUUUGAAAUUAUUUUUUCGUUUACUGACAGUAACAGUAUAACAGCAGAAUAAUUUUCACCUCUAGCUCCAUUUAUUAGCUAAUGUUGACUGAAUUGCAUUUGUUACAGUUAUAACUAAGAUGAUAUAAAUAUAAUAAAACACCUAUUUUUUAUGAAA